AUGCGUCUUCUAAAAUACGAAGAAGAUGGAGAGCUCACAAUCACUCCGUUCGACGAUAACGCGAUACCUCCUUAUGCGAUACUCUCACACACGUGGGGAGCCGAUACGGAGGAGGUGACCUUCGCGGACCUUGCAAAAGGCGGUGGCCAGGCUAAGCGCGGCUACCAGAAGAUCCGGUUCUGCGGAGAACAAGCUUCAAGAGAUGGCCUAGAAUACUUCUGGAUUGACACCUGCUGCAUUAACAAAGAAAGCAAUGCCGAGCUCUCGCUAGCUAUCAACUCUAUGUUUCGCUGGUAUCGCAACUCAGCUCGAUGUUAUGUCUACUUAUCAGAUGUCUCGAGCCCACCCUUAGACACCAGCUUAGAGUGCAACCUGCGGGCAUCAGAGAUCCUGAAAACUGAAUGGUUUACAUGGGUUUGGAUAUUCCUGCUUAUCCACCCUAUAUUGCGCUGGUGUCACAGCAUGAUUCGACGAUUCUUUCUCUUAUCAGAACCUUCCAGUCCGCAAUCAUCUACACCUGAGCUCAAGGAGAGCAGAUGGUUCACCCGAGGCUGGACGCUCCAGGAGCUCCUUGCCCCAAGCCGUGUCGAGUUUUUUUCCAAGGAACACACACGACUAGGCGAUACAGGAUCCCUAACGCAACAAAUACACGAAAUAACAGGGAUUCCUAGAGAAGCGCUUCAAGGGGUACCUCUGUCUCAGUUCAGCGAUAAAGAACGAUUUUCGUGGAUAGAGCACCGCCAGACAAAGAUUCCAGAAGACAAAGCUUACUCACUGCUUGGUAUCUUUGGUAUUGAAAUGCCUCUUCGCUAUGGAGAAGGGGCAGCUGGUGCGUUUAAACGACUUGAGGAGGAGAAAUCUAAGCUGAACAAUUGCCUCCGAGACUUAAGCCCAGGUAACCCGUGCGACGAUAAGAAACGCAUUGAGGGUAUGAAGGGUGGACUGCUAGCAGACUCUUACUGCUGGAUUCGUGACAACACUACCUUCCAGCAAUGGCAAACGGACUCGCACAACCAACUGCUAUGGGUGAAAGGUGACCCUGGCAAGGGCAAGACAAUGCUGCUCUGCGGAAUCAUCGACGUACUGCACGACUCAACACCUAAGACUACCCUUCUAUCGUACUUCUUCUGCCAAGCACCAGACUCGCGUAUUAACAGCGCUACAGCUGUGCUACGAGGGUUACUGUUUAUGCUUAUGGAUCAGCAGCCGUCGCUUGUAUGGCAUAUUCGCAAGAAGCACGAUCAAGCUGGCAAGUCCAUGUUUGAAGACAGAAAUGCCUGGGUCGCCUUGACAGAGAUCUUUGCCGACGUGCUGCGAGAUACGAGCUUAAGCGCGACGUACCUGAUCAUCGAUGCGCUAGACGAGUGCGUUACUGAUCUGCCGGAGCUGCUCAGCUUUAUCGCGAAGCAGUCUUCUGCGUCCUCUCGCGUCAAGUGGAUCGUGGCCAGUCGCAACUGGCCCGCUGUUGAAGAAAAGCUUGGGGCUGCAGAGCACAAAACCACGCUAAGCCUAGAGCUAAAUGCCGAGUCUGUAGCGGCCGCGGUUAAGGUCUUCAUCCAGCAGAAGGUGUGUCAGCUGGCACAAGAGAAACGCUACACGCCAGAGGUGGAAGAGGUCGUACUCCAACACUUAACUUCCAACGCAAACGACACCUUCCUCUGGGUUGCGUUGGUGUGCCAAGAUCUGAAGGAGACACCAAAGUGGCUCGUCCUAGAGAAGAUUACGCUGUUCCCACCAGGGCUAGACGCUUUGUACAAGCGGAUGCUGGACCAGAUAAGCGAGUCUAACAGCGCCAAAAUCUGUCAGCAGGUGCUAGCUUCGACUACAGUCUUGUAUCGACCUGUUACAAUUCCCGAAUUGAUUGCCCUUGUGCAGCCGCUCGAGAAUCUUGCUAACGACUUGGAGUCAGUGCGAGAGAUUGUCGGCCUUUGUGGAUCGUUUCUUACCCUUCGCAAUGACACCGUCUACUUUGUGCAUCAGUCCGCAAAAGACUUCCUCCUCGCAAAGGCGCUUAAUGGGGUCUUUCCAGACAGAACUGAAGAUAUUCAUCAGGCAAUCUUUUCGAAAUCGCUCGCAAUUCAGUCUAGGACGUUGCACAGGGAUAUGUACAGCUUGAAAGCUCUGGGGUCUCCUGUCGAGAUCGUACAAGCGCCUAAGCCAGACCCACUAGCAGCGUCACGCUACUCGUGUGUCUACUGGAUCGACCACCUAUGCGACUCUAACCCUAGAUUCUCAGCAACCUACGCAGGCUGUCUUCAGAGUAGCGGUACUGUAGAUACGUUCUUGAGAGAGAAGUAUCUGUACUGGCUAGAAGCUCUAAGUCUCUGCGGGAGUAUGCCAAAAGGUGUACUUUCUAUAACUAAGCUGCAAUCACUAUUCCAGGGAAAAGAACACUCAGAUUCUGUAAGGGCGCUUGUUAACGAUGCUUAUCGGUUUCUUUUGUAUCACAAAGGGGCAAUUGAGAGUUACCCUCUUCAAACAUAUGCAUCUGCGUUAUUGUUUAGUCCAAAAGGUAGUCUGAUGAGACAACUCUUUCGGCACGAAGAGCCAGGAGGAAUCACGAUUAGGCCAGCUAUGAGCAACGACUGGAGCACAUGCCUGCAGACGCUCGAGGGCCAUAGCGAUUGGGUCAGGUCAGUGGCCUUCUCGCCCGACUCGAGUCGACUGGCUCGACUGGCGUCAGCGUCCGACGACGGGACUGUCAAGAUCUGGGAUGCGAGCAGCGGAACGUGCGUGCAGACGCUCGAGGGCCAUUACAAUAUUGAGGACUGGAUGGGCUUUGAAAGCCAGCAACGUAUUCAUCAGGGUAUCGGCAUCAACUUAAGUGGAACCUGGAUUACUCAUAAUGCUCAAGAGCUGUUGUGGCUCCCAACAGAAUAUCGACCACAAUGCUCAGCCGUGUCAGGUAGAUGUAUUGGCCUAGGUGGAUUGUCUGGAAAGGUUUUGAUAUGUCGCGUUCCGUAA